UACUAAUUCUCACCCUUGUCAUUUCCCGCCAAAGAAAGCGAUUUCCAAACCCUGCCCAUUUCCCGUGGGCGACAAACAAAGAAAAAUCAGAAUGGCGCCGUCAGCCGAUCCAGAGACAUCGCCGUCUAUUUCCACCACCAAUACUGAUCUCCAGCCUUUCUUCCUUCUCCACAAAGCCGCUUCGCGGAAACCCUCCUCUAAAACCCGACGGAGAAUCGACCUCUCGCCCAAAGCUUCCGAUGCUUCUGCCCAAGAAUACAAUGACAACUCGCGAUUUGAGACCUUUAAACUCCUAUGGUCCAACACUGAAUCCAUUAUUAAGGACGUCUUGAAAAAUCUCAACACUACCGUGUUUGAUGGAAUUGAUAAGUGGGUUCACGCGUCCUUCGAUGCAAUUCGCACCUCUCGAACUCCUGACUUCACUACAGCCUCGUCUAUGUAUCCUAUUCCGAAUAACGUUCCUAUUGGCGCACAAAUCUUCACCGCAUUGCUUUUUACAAAAAAUGUGGAGUCCGUUGAUGACAUAUCGACAUUUGCUGACCUUGGUGCACAUUUGAGAUCGAGUGGAUGUUUAGUAGCAAAUCUUACAUCGAUUGACUUCUCUGCCAAGAAUGGAGUUGGCGGUUGUCUUAAAACUUUGCUAAGACAGUUCCUGUUGGCCAGCAUUGAUGCACCUGAGAUGUCCAUUCUGGCGUCAUGGUAUAAUGAACAAGAGAACUAUGACAAACCGCUAAUUGUUAUAAUUGAUGAUGUGGAAAGAUGCAGCAGUUCUGUAUUGAACGAUUUCAUCUUAAUGCUGAGGGAAUGGGUAAUAAAGGUCCCAAUAAUAUUGGUACUAGGAGUUGCAACAAGUGUUGAUGCUCUAAGGAACAUUCUGUGCUCAAGUGCAUGCUUGUAUCUUUCCGUUUGCGAGUUCAAUUUGGGAACCCCAGCAGAAAGGAUGGAUGCUGUCAUUGAGGCUGUUCUCCUCAGAAGUUGUCAGAGCUUCAGCAUUGGGAAACAUGUAUCAGCUUUCCUAAGAAACUACUUCUUAAGACAUGAUGGAACACUAACCUUAUUUGUUAAAGCUCUAAGGAUUGCUACGGCACAGCAGGUCUUCUCUGAACCUUUAAGCUUCGUUCUAAGGAAACUAGUUAAUGAAGAAGGCACUGAGGGAUUGGACGGGGACAAUAAUUCACUCAGAGAACCUGCUAUGAAGCGAGCUCUUGAACUUCCAUCCUUACAAAGGUUUUGCGAGACUAGAGGCAACUGCAUUGAUUGGGUCUCUGCUUUGUCUGAACUGAAAGGACUACAUCAGCUUUGGAGCUCUUUAGUUAUGUGCCUGUAUGAAAUUGGAAGAUGCCGCAAAAUCUCCCUUUUAGAUUUAUACUGUGAGAUGCUCAAGCCUAAGCCGCAGAAUUUUGGUGCUAAUGAUCUCAAUCUAGUGGGAAAAGAUUAUACAACCUCAGUGCAUAAUUAUCAAUCACCUGGCUGCUUACAAGAUAAAGGUUGCGUUGUUCGGGCAUUUCAGAUGUUGAGGGAUUUGUCAGCUAUGGAGCUGUGCAAAAUACUGGAUAGGUGGGAAAUGCUUACUAGAGGCAUUGAAGAGAUUCAUGAAAAAGUAAAGGAGCUACAAUCCCAAAUAAAAUCGGAGGUCAAGCAGUCAAGACAUGAUUUGCGAAAGGAUUCUAAGAGACCUACAGCCAGGACUUACAAAAAUGACAAGACAAGUAAUUCCACAAUUAAUGAAAAAGUUGCCUCAUUCCUACAAUCUAUGUUCAGGGAAUAUAUUCAGACCAUUGAGAGUAUACCUCUUCAUGAAAUAAUCUUCUUUGAUAAUGUUGACAAUCUCAAUACAGCUUUGAUUGGAGAUCCUAGAAGAAGAAUCCAAGCUGACCUGUUGGAGUCAAGAAAACUCCUCAAGUGUUCUUGCUGCAGCAAGAAUGACGGUGUUCUAGUUCCAUCGAUGCAUGAUACCUCUAUAAUGUACACGCUGGUGCAAGAACAUGGUGAUCUCAUCAAUGUUCAUGAAUGGUUUCACUCCUUCAUGGCAGUCAUUUCAAAUCCACCUUUAAAAGCCAAGAAAAAAUUGAGAAUGUCCCCAUCACCUAAAAAACGGAAAGACUCAAAAGAAGCUCGGACCAAAACUGAUGCAUCAAUACAAGCCGAGUUUUGCAGAGCAGUAACAGAGCUACAAAUCACAGGGCUGCUUCGGAUGCCCACCAAAAGGCGCCCUGAUUAUGUGCAGAGAGUGGCUUUCGGACUUUAAAAGAAUUGGAUAAGUUGAAAAAUGCGCGACCUCUAUGAGCAAAGUUGAUAUGCACAAGGCCAUUGGUUGUAGUCGCUCUGACAAGUCCCGAUUUCUUAAUUGGUUGUUGAUGAAGAUUGUGGCACAUUUGUAACUGAGUUCCUAUUCUAUUACAAUUAUAUAUUCAGUGUAAUGUUUUGUUAAUUUA